GCGAGGAUCCAGAUCACCUUGAGAAAAAGGCCAAGUUCAUGUUGACGAGAAUCAUUGCUUACGAAGACCGUGUAUACGGUGCCGAGGCUAGGUGUCAUAGCCAAAUGAACGAUAACGAAAAGCUCAAUAGACCAAUGCAUAACGACAGGUCUAAACCAAUACAUGCUCCACAAGAACAUUGCAUGAUUUGUGAAAAGUAUAGGCAGCACAGAGAAAGAAUUGUGAAUACCAGGCGAGUUGAAGAUGCUCAAAAAGCAAAGAUUGAGAGGAACAAGAUGGUGGCAAUGUCCAACGAAAAAGACAUCAGAAUUAAUCUGAAUAACCAGUUUGAAAAAGAAUAAACAAAAUGUUAUGUUAAAACACUUGAUAUCAUGUUAAAAAACAGUUAAUAUUGUUAUGUUAAAGUUAUAAUUAUGUUAAAUUUGAUGUUAUGUUGAUAAAAAGUUGAAUAAAAUAUAAAUAAAAUGGAAAUUGGUAACCGAAUGUACAGAGAAUCACUUGAGUCACGUGAUGGAAAAAUACAAGUAGUAAACAAGUCGCGUACAGCAGGAAGACGCGCGUUACUAAAAUUAGUAACUGUGCAGUGUCAAUCACGGUUUGAUCGAUUCCAGAGAGAUUUACAAAUGGAGCGGGCUUAUGGCCGAUUUACAUCCUUUGUUCGACGGUUAUUCCGGACAAUCUGUCGUCCUUUUCGACGAUUAUCAUCACAUUUUACAUACAAAAGGUGGACCUCAACCAGCGAUGUCUCCGACUUUGAUGUUGAACAUUUUGGACAAAUGGCCUCUAACUGUGCCUGUCAAGCAGGGAGACGUACCUUGGUUUCCUCGUGCAAUUUUGUUUACAAGCAACUUACCUUUUGAAUAUAAUUUUAAGAGAUAUUUCUCGUAUUUCUCAGGUUACUCGGUGACCGACGGGUUACUGGCCAUCAUGAAUGGAGUAGCUCGGGUAGCGGGGGAGGCGCCUGUGAACGACGUUCGCCUCCGCCCUGUGGGGUGCGCAGUAGCUUUGCUUCACACGAAGUGUCUGUUGUUUAUGGUAGCACAGGCCGAUGCAGCUGCUGUGCGCGAUCUAAACGCUACCUAUGGUGGCGUAACGCCACUUGGACCAGAGGAGCGGGGGUUUAUUCGUCCUCUACCACCGGGAGUUCAACCUAUCCCGAGGCGACAAGCCUCUCCUACCCCUCAGAUUCGACCGGAGGAAAGGGGGCAUGCUGACCCACUUAGGGAAGUGGAAUCUCCACGGCGCGAUAAUCAGCGCCGUAACGAGCCAGUACCGGACGCAAGGGAAUGGCCGGUAAUUCGAAUGAACUGCAGAGACAAGCUCCACCUCCCCUUGACCAUCCACGCUCACCGGAGCGCAUGGAUGCAGUCGGAGGGCUUCCUAGGCCCGUGCCAGUAGCAGCAGCUCCCCGGGGGGGAUUAGACCCAACCGUUGAGGUGGCCAGGCGUCUGCAUCAAGUGCAGGAGACCGUUAUGGACUCACAGUCAUCAGCAGCGGUAGAUGGGGCGUUGUCCCUGCUAGAACUAACCAUGUCUACCUUGCGCGCGUUUAAGCGCUCUCUUCCCUCUUAAGGUGUUAGCACCGGCCCCUCUACAAAUGGUGCGGGACAGGGUGAAAUUUUAGGAGCACAUCUUUCUUUGAGUAGACACUCCAAAUGCACCAGCAUCGUCCUCUUUCGGGGUUCGGUACUCAUUCACAUGAUCUCCUCGGCGCUAUUCUUACAUUGCUGGGGCCAUGAAUGUUUCUCCGUAAUUCCACACUCCGCCUCUAGCUCGUUCAACUUGGUGCUAUUCCUAAUAUCUGUCGUUGGACAUUGCCUCUCCCCUUGCCGCCCUUCCAGAUGCAAAUGCUCUGGAAGGGACGUUGCCCUUCUUCUUACUGCCACUCCAGGGGCGAAUGCUCCGGAGUGGACAGUGCCCUUCUCCUCGCCGCCCUUCCAGAUGCAAAUGCUCUGGAGGGGACGUUGCCUUUCUUUUGCUGCCUUUCGUCAAUGCUCCAAAUGGAGCAUUGUCUCUUCUUUUGGUACCCCUUCGGGGGCUAGUAAUUCUUUGAUUUAGUCGGGGAAUAUUUUGUUACAGCAGGAGUUAGUUUUUUGGUUAUUUCUUUUUCUUUCAAGAGGGAGAUUGGUUGAUGUUUCUAUAGCCGUGCUCGCGUUGGAGUUGGUAGGCGCUAGGCCGACGGAGUUAUGUGGCAAGGAGCCUCGCAGUUAUGUUUAAGAUUGAGAUAAAAAAGAAUCUCACCCAAAAUUCGUCCACCGUGCUGCCAUAUCUCCAGCAAAAUUCUACUUGCCAUAGCGGUUUAUUUCAUUAUUGAGAUCAAAACAUCUCUUUAAGUUGGUUACAGGGCUGCUGGGAAUAAACACAUUCCCAGUGGUGUACAUAUUUCAUAUAUGUACAGUAACAUGGGUGAUUUCUUGCCCUAGUCUUAUAGCAUCCAGGAAUCAAAACAUUCCUGGGGCACACUGGAGAUAGUUUAUGCGUCUGGGAGCGUUUCGCUUGUUCUUUAGGGAUUAGCCACAGUCCCGACCCUGUUGUUGCUUAUUCAUUUAUUUUUCUUUAGGGUCUAGAUGCAUAACAGGGCGUGUGUUCGCCUAUAAUUCAGCACACAUCAUUUGGCAUUGGAUACGACAAUUUACCCAUAAUGUAUGUUUUUUCCACAGCAUUAUGUUGUACUAACCAUAUAUGUUUUGCAUUUCAGAACAGUUCCUGUGGUGCCUGUGCACCAGUCUUGCGAUACCUCGUCCCUCUCAUACAGGGCGAGCCUUUUGUGUAUGUGGUUGUGGAGUCAAGGACUCCUAUCUAAAUUAAGACCUAAUUGUCUUACCCAAAAUUAAUACCACCUACUGAGGUGUCUUCGAACCAAAUUCUAUCCGAGCGUUACCGCUCUGUUUUAGAGAUAAACCCAUCUCUUAUUGCGACUGUUACCAGCUGCUAGGGAUCAACACAUUUCUAGUGGCGUAUGCAUUUGUUAUGUAUACGGUAAUGUUAGGCGUUUUUCUUUCUCACCUGGGUGUAUUCAAGGAUCAACACAUCCUUGAAGACCCUCGAAGACACAGGCUGUGCAUGUGGGGGGUGUUCCAGCUCCUUUUUGCACGGGGAUCUACCACAGUUCCCAUCCCAUUUAUUUGUUUUUAGUCCAUUCCCCGUGUCGUGGGAUUUAUGGCACAGUCGAGCGUUUCGCUUCUCAGUAUCCUCCCAUUGUUUCAGAAAAGAGAAGGGGGAAGAGGGCAGUAGUAGAGGCCCAGUUUGAAACAAAAUUUCAAGUAACCAGAUCGUGUCAGAACGAUGGAGGCCCCCGCUCCGAACUUAUCAAAAGAAAACAGGGGGGAAUGUAGUGCCAGUGCCUGGACUAUUGGUAAACAAAAGUGACCUCUGACCCGUGAUGUCACGGACCACGCUGUCUGAAGCCGGAGGCGCCGAGAGCAGCACUUGAGGACUAGGACUAGGACAGUCCGGAAGUCGAAGUCGGAAUACAGAGGCCUUAGCCCGGACUUGCUUAUACGAUUCAGACGGACAUUCCUGAAUACGGAAAAUGGUUGAUAACUGUCGAGACGUACAAGGAAAUCAUCGCGAGAGAAAAACUGAAAGGGUCUUUGAUGCGUUAUGGCGGAAAAUUUUAAUAUAAGACGAGAGAGAGAAAAACAGAGAAGAAAUGCUUAUGCCUUUGAACCUGUUCUACAACAGGAUCCACAACAACAGCAGCAACAACAGCAAUUUCAACGACAGCCUUCUAGUAGUAGUAGUAGUAGUAGGCCUAGGCUUAGCAGGUUAAAUAAUACUGACUGGUGCAGAAGUGGAAACUGCAAGCCUAUGCCGAAAGAAAAAGAAUGCCUUGUUGCUGUAACGCUGAUUAUUUGGUUGCCGUGUGUUGUAUGAUCAGCGUCACUUCAAAGUACACAAAAUUACACUGAAACUGUCGUGAUGACCCAUUACCAUUAAAACUAUAGACAAGUAAUUCUAGAAAGGAACUAUCGACAUAUUGGCUAUCGCUGCUUCAUUUGGUGGGUGUAAAACAGGCUGAAAAAACGUGACAGAAGGGUCAUUCCAUCAUGCACUGUGUGGGUCAUUAGAGACAAGUUUCCAUCAGUUGAUGAAGACUACACUGGGUUUAUUGAUGCUGUAGCAGAUAAUGAAAUGGACUUGUCACUCAUGGUAACAAAGGAAAUUUGUUCAGCAUAGACCCAUAUCUUUCAUAUCUGUACCCUGUCAAUUGUGUGUAACAUUCACAGCUUAGGCUGUGUAAUUGAAUUUCUUGUUGCUCUUGAUACAGCUCAUUAACAAAUGACAGGAUAUGGUAUUAAAAUUAAUUCAUAAUAAUGAAUGAAACUUAUGACAAAACAUAGAAAAGAGGCUUGUCAAUAAAUUACAGUACAUCAAAAUCACGAGAUAAACCGACGCAAACAAGUAGAUUAAAAACGUCGGAAAACGAACCCUAAUUCGCGAAAUGGAAUCGUCAAACAUUUUUUAUUAGUAUCUUGAACCACUCGUUGGCAAUGCAAAAAGGUUUUAAUCCCCAACCACGCGUUGUAGACGGGUAUACGCUUUAUUUUGCGAGGCUCCCUAAAAGGGUAGUUACCAUUAGCCAACAACUCUGUAACAUGUUGAAAUACACUGCUAAUACAGCAGAAUAUGAAGACAAAAACUUGCAAACAUUGGAAAAAAUGUGCAGGAAGUUCAUGACGUGAUGAGAGAGGCAACAAGAUCUAGAAACUCGUACAAAAUAAAGUACGAGAUGUUGUUGGAGAGUCACGAAGACCAAAAGAUAUUACAUAACUUACAAAGCGAUGUAAAAGACUACGUCGACAGGAUGGAUAGGCAAGAAGAUGCCCAUGAUGUGUUAGAACAAAAAGCCUACUUCAUGCUAACAAGAGUGGUAGCCUACGAGAAUAGUCUACAGGGCUGAGGCAAGAUGCCAUAGCCAGAUUAUGGACAAUGACAAAUUGAAUAGAGCGAUCCACAACGAACGCUGUAAGCCAAUACAUGCUCCACAGGAACACUGUAUCAUAUGCGAAAAGUAUCACACACACCAACAGAGAAUCGUAAAUACGAGAAGGUGCGAAGAUACCAAAAGAGCAAAAAUUGAAAGGGAAAGAUGCUCCACUAUGGCUACACAGAAAGACAUUAGAAUUAACCUUGACGACCAGUUCCAAAAUGCAUAAAAUGUUUAAAAAAAAAGUUAUGUUACCAUACCAUGUUUAUAUUAAAGUUAAAAAUGUUAUUAUUACCAUGUUAUGGUAAUGGUUAGUGGCGCUGUCCUAUACACGCAACUCCUGUACACUACAUUUGCUCUAACUUUUGCUAUUUCGUCUUGAUUGUUUGGUCCUCUGAAUGAAUUUUUUUAUGUAGUCUGCUGUUUAAAUAUUGAAGAUGUGGUGUAAGUCUGUUUUUCCGAAUUUUUUGUGCUGUACUCUGUUGCAAUUACUGGUUUGCAGCCUAAGCCUAGUUUCACCAUCAGCUUAUUUUGUACAUGGUGGCUCUCUGUCGUACUCUCGUGAUGUUUUGUAUGGCUUACAAUACACCAACGCCUGCUGUGAAUCGACUGUUAGUGGAAUUCCUAUGGAAUUGACCAGGUGCUACUAUAACAAUACCGAACAAAAAGCAUUUGCUAAACGACGCAAACGAGGAAAAAGGGGAGGUGUUAAGCAGCGUUUACGUAGGAGACCUAACCGACUUCCCUUACCUUCUAUCGUUCUCUCCAAUGUCAGAUCAUUAUGUAACAAACUUGAUGAAUUAAAUGCGUUAGUAAAAUAUGACCGUGCUCUCCAGGAUACCAACUUGUUUUGUUUUACCGAAAGUUGGUUAGGAGAUAAUGUGGAUGAUAACUCGGUUGUUCUCGAAGGAUUCUCGAUUGUCAGAAGUGAUCGUUCCUUGGAUUCUAAUAAAACCAAAGGUGGAGGUAUAUGCUGCUACGUAAAUAAACGUUGGUGUUCUGACAUUACUGUCUAUAAUAAAGAGUGCACCCCAGAUGUUGAACUCCUUUCUGUGUCCCUUCGACCUUAUUACCUACCAAGGGAAUUUGGCUGCAUUAAGGUGCUAGUUGUCUACAUCCCUCCAGACGGAAACGCCGUAAGAGCGGCUGAUUAUAUUGCUGAACAAGUGAAUGCUUCUUCUGUCCGUUCUCCGAAUAGCCCUGUCUUUGUACUCGGUGAUUUCAACCACUGUCGUCUGAAUCGUGUUUUACCAAAUUAUAGGCAGUAUGUUACUUGUACAACCAGAGGUUACAAGGUUGCCUUGACGCUACCAAUUGGGACAUUUUCAUUGAAUCAGCGAAAGACAUAGAUGAACUGACCGAAACUGUUUCUUCUUAUAUUGCAUUCUGUGAAGAAAUCACUAUUCCUUGCAAACAGGUUAAACUCUUUCCUAAUGAUAAA